AUGGACAGUGACCCUGUUUUGGAUGGCCUUCGAGGCCUCUACCAGGAUCUGUCUGCAUUGUCAAGGAAUUCUCUUCCCAACAUCGAACGAUUAGCGCUUGAGUUGGAAGCUACUGUGGGUGAUUUCAGAAAGCUCUUGGAUAAAAGGUCGAAGAAAAAUGAAAGCCGACAAGCAGUUCUUUCAGGUAUGCAAGGAGCUUAUGAUCUCGUUUGCUAUUUGUUUGGUCUACUGUAUCCCCUAAUGAUGUCGUAUUCAGGAAAAAUUACGCUUGAUGGCACCGAGUAUUCCCUUAAUGAAGCCUUCCAGCAAGACGUCUUGCAAGUUGCCGACGCUUUAGAUGUCGACGAGAUACAAGCAGCCGCUUAUUACAUCCAAGGUCAACUGGAUUCGGUAGCAUUGGAUCGCUCUCCCGUUGCUGUUGCAAUAAUCAAUUUCCAUGAACAACGCGCGUUCCUCCUAGAAUGUCUUCGGCUAAUUCUACAUGAAUCUUUUGAAGUUGAAAGGGAAGAUACCCAGGCCCUUAUGCAGGAUAUAGUGGCAAUGACACUUGAGAUUCAGAACGGUCCACUGCGAAACGGCUCCCUUUAUUUUCGGAAGUGUCUGGAUUCAAUGUGGGAUAUAGAAAAAUGGUUGGUUCUCCUCAGCGAACAGGUACAGAAGGCUGCGAUAGUUGGUCAAUCCCAAACUUCGGAUAUCAUAGAAAUUAUUGAUUAUCAGCGGCAAAGCCUUGCAAGACAACACGAAUCUCUAGGGGCAAUAAUAUCCUACCUUUUUAAGGGAACUUUUACAAGUUCGGAAGAUUUUCGAAAAUUAAUUGAAAGGCUGAAGACUAUUGAUCGGUUUGAUAUGAUUCUAGUUCACUAUCUACCAGCUCUCAUGUCCUCAAUUACCCAGUAUGGUUCAUCAGAGGGCCAAGGCCCGCUGCGGGAAGUGAGAUCACUGCACCAGGCUAUUCGCGGUAACAAAGACGGAACGAAAUGGGCACUUCCAAAGCUACAUGCUGCUGUUAUUAUAUUGUGGCUUGCAGAAUAUACAAGUUGGUAUUUUGAAAACGGGCCCGCUUCCCCGCUUCAAGGUGUUACCCCUAUGGAAGAAUUACGAACUCUCACGGAAGUAUUUAUGGGCGCACUUGAAGAUGGCGGCUUGGAGUUUGUUCUCUCCAUUUGUGCAGGCACGGCCAGUGAGGGAUGGGAGGUUCCCGCACGAAAUGAGCUAGUCAGUCUACUAUUAAAAGAUGCGACAAGCCUUGCCAAAGAACCGGAACAACUUUCUUCUUACUUCCGUACUACAUUAAUGGAGGGUCUUGAAACAUUCACCGAAUCUCUCAUUGCCAACAUGCCGGACGCGAUUCGCCAGCUCAAGUCAGACGAGGACCUUCAAAGGUUGGAUCAAAUGACGGCACUCCGCGAAACAACAAAUGCCCGGGGCUUAAUUGAACCAAGAAUGCACUUAGAAUCUUUGUUACUGAUAAUUGCAUUUACCUUUGAUCAAAGGGACGAAUCCGCCCAGGAAUUCUGGGCUGACACCGAUGGAAACCUUUACGGGUUCCUUCAGUGGGUCUCUAAACGUCAAACCGUACCCCGGGUCAGUGCCUUCUGUGAGAUGCUCUGUUCUCUCUCUGGCGGGCCAGAAAACUCUUUAUCAGCCCAUAGGUUUUUACUUGAUGAGGACAUGUCUUCCAAAUUUCGAAGAUCCACCUCCAUGAGUUGGGAUCAAAUGUUUGCGGAAUUGGAAUUAUACGCUACACGAGUCUCCGAAAGGCCAUCACUGGCUCAUUCAUCGAUUCUUCGACAUCGAAAGCAGGAGACCGCAGAGGUUGAUGAACCCGAGAGUCCCGUUAUGCUUACCUGCUAUCUUCGUCUUAUUAGCCAUCUUUGCAAAGAAAGCUCUCAGAUUAGGCAGUAUAUUUUACAACACUCAACUGUCAAUCUUUCUAAUACUCUUUUAACUCUCUGUGCAGCACCGAUUCCUCAUCAUUUACGGGCCGCUAUUUUUAUGACCUUGCGUUGUUUAAUGAUUCGGCGAAUGGCACCACAUGGAAAUGAAAUGUGGACCCUUAUUGAUCAAUGGAUAUCUGGUUCUGGGAUUUCACCAUUGUCACUUACAAAACUACCAGUUUUGACUAGUUCUUCACUCGUUUGGAAUGAGAGACACGCUUUCCGGAGAAUUAUCGAAAGCUUUGACCAGACGAAUGCUUUUGUUGAGCUCUUAACAACUCUGGUGUCUUCUACAAGCGACUUUACAGGCUCGCAAAUAUACCUGAACUUCCCUGAAUCGCUAGGCUCCUCAUAUCGCAUGCCCGGGAUAGAACCAUACAUUGACUUUGUUAUGGGCCAAGCAUUGGCUAGCAAAUCUAUGGGUUUGGAUUGUGGUGAAGCCCGGCUUUUACAACGGAGCUGCCUGGAUUUCGUCGCUGUCUGCCUGGAAUCCUUCAAUGAGAAUCUAGUCUUUCUUGUGAACCAGGUCUCCAUUUCCGCUAACACAACUGUGAGUGGAAUAUCAGUUCAAACCUAUAUUCGCAUACACCCAUUCUCGAGGGUUAUGGAAUGGCUUUUUAACGAAGAUGUUCUCAGAGCACUUUUUGCUACUGCUCAUCAAGAAAUAAGUGAAGUCGGACGGGCUUCAUCAGAAUCCGUAUCGCUUGGAUCACUUGUCCGGUGUAUUGAAGUAAUGAAUAUGAUUUUGGUUCACCAAGCCACGUUUUUUGAUAUUGUUCGCCCGUUUCUUAGAAGUCUUCCACAGCAAGGAAGCUCAAAUAUGGCUAGCGCCUCCCUUGCAUCCUUUGAAGACAGUGUGAUGGAUAACUUAGGGUUGAUUUCGGAUCUAUGUCUAUAUUGUGGGACGGGACAAACUCAACUGACACUCGCUGCUCUGGCGCUCUUAGAAAAACUAGCAGCAUCUCGCAAGCUAAAUAAGCCUACUACCUCGUUUUCGCAGUGGCAAACAUCAAAUCAAAUUGUGGAAGUCUUGAACACAAAUUUGGAGGCCGACCGCAUCGGCCGCUCCUUGGCAUCUCAGAUGGCCUCCAAUGUGCGUGAAUUGGAAAACGGCCCAGAAGCCUCUGGUUAUCUAAUUAAACUUGGUCUUGUUCAACUACUUGACAGGUGCCUUCAAAUGAUUACAAACAAGCCAACAGUGGCUCAUAUCCUGCUCGGUUUUCAAUGUGUUGGUCACUCUCUGGAUAUUUCCCCAGACAGCCUCUUCGAAAAAGGGAUUUCCUUACUGCAUGCCAUCGUUGAUUUUGUGAAGACGUAUCCAGAUGGUAGCGAAGGGACUAUCGUGUCGUGGAUGGUACACCUAAAGCAAAUGGCUCUCCAGGUGCUACAACACCUUUGGACAUCACCACUAGCUUCCCCGCUAGUUCUACCACAACUCCGAGGUAGCCGGCUUCUUGCUAACCUUUUUGUUACUCAACCGGUAAUUAGCCAAGAGUCACUCUGGGAUGGUCAUAAAGUAUCAACGCCAGAAUUUUGGUUUUCGGACUCGGCAGUGGCACUCUCAGAAUUUCUUACCUAUCGUCGUCUUGUCUUUGAUUAUGCUACAACUGAGAUAAGGGCUGUUUUCAAAGAAGCUUCACCUUCUUUCCAGAGAGAUAUAUUGUUGACAGUGCUUGGAAACUCAACGUUCGAAGAUGGGCGCACAAUCUGUCAUCCCUCUAUUUUCGACUUGUUUGACUUUACGGACCUCGACCUUGAUUGGGUAUAUGGCUUUCCGGACCUGAAGUACUUUUCAAAAGUGGACGUCAAUAUAUAUUCUGCGUCUCAGGGAGAAGGGUUUCCAGUGUUAUUUGAUCUUGCGGGCGUAAGGUCUCUACUCGAGGUUUCCAGGGAGCAAUUCAUGAACACAGGGCAAUUUAGCUCUCAGGAUGAAGACCAGCUUUCGUCGGAACAAGAGAAAAUAUUUAUUUUUCUCCGUGGGAUGAACAGGAGCCGUCAGAUCGGCUACAAUCGUCUUGUUGCCCUGAGAUCUUGGGUAGAAUUAGCAGUUACCAUACUGGAAAUGUGCCAAAUGGAGGCUACUCGAAUGACAACGCUUAUUUUGCAUACAUUACAAGCUAUUCUCCCUAAGCUUGAAAACUCCAUACCCGAUAACACAGAAGAAGCGUUUGAAUUAGCCCGCCUAGCCGAGACGCUAAUUGAAAAGCUCGAUUCCGUUUCAGCAGACGGCAACGAGGAUAUCCUCGAUGAGCGACUUCAUCGUCUUUUUCAGGUGUGCAUUCGUGGAAUUCCCUCCGCACUCGAGGGACCGCCCCUUAGAGCAACUCUUUAUCAUAUUUGCUCUCGAUAUCUAACUCGAAUCACCCAAAAAGCCUCAAAAUCUCGGUACAGCAAUCGGGCCCAACAGAUCAUCAAAUCUUCUGGCUCAAAUCUUAUCGACAUCAUCUGCGACGACUCUUACUCUGGAGAUGAAUCUUGUAGAGUUUCCGCCUUAAUCCUAUUAAAUCUCGUUUCUGUUCUUAGUGAGCAGCAAUCUUCAUCCGUGGUUGUAACGUGUAUCUCACAGGCAAAUUACUUUUCCAUGUUUCUUGAUAUUAUUAGGUCAAUGGCAUCAGAAUUCCGAAACGCUCCAAGCAGUGAAACUUCUCAACUUCUAGUCUUUUAUGAGGCUCAGUUAUCGUUGCUUCAACAGCUUGCUCUGUCAAAAGCGGGUGCUGUUCAACUUCUUAAUGCCGGUCUAUUCCAAGCUGUGCAAGAAUCUCGACUUUUUGCUGCUGAUCCCGACAUCGGUCUAGAUAUUGACAACCCAGAUGCUCUACGAAAAUAUUACGACCUCCUUCUUUCUGUGCUUCGCGUCAUCGUUUCAGCCGUUUUUACAAGGGGUCUCCACAACAAAUCAAUUGUUGAACAAACGAGAAGCUUUCUUUCUGAUAAUCGCCAAAGUAUGAUUGGAAUAUUUAAAAGAUCUGGAAAAGUUGGUGGGCUGGAUGGCGCUGGUAGCCAAGAAUCGUUGGGAGAACUGGUUAAAUCAUAUGCCGCCUUGAUAGCCGCUGUAGAUUUUCUCGACAUGCAGAAUUCCGGCACACAUGGGAACCGCAAACUGACGGGCAAGAGGAAGCUCCUCGACGGACAGUCAGACUUGUCGGACGAAGUCGUCGGAUCUAGCCCGGGCACCAUUCCAGACCUUUUCUCAAGGGGAAGAAACAAUUCCCCAAGCCAUAAGAAUCGACCGCUGUCACCAACCAAUAAGAGGCUGAAGCGAAACGAGCCCGGGGAUGAACAAACGGCCUCUCUUGGGCAGCCUAUCCAAACGUGUAUUCCAGUUGAAAGGAUGUACAGCUUUUCUAAUUCAAAUGUGAUGAAUACUUCAAUUACUGGACAGAGCAGCCUCUCUUCGUCGGCUAACGCUUCUCGGACGUACCUGAACCCCUCGUCGGCACCCACCAAUUUCACCCCACACACUGGCCCUAAACGUCUUACAAUCAAAAACCUUCGAAUUACGCCGAAACUCGACCAAGAUGAAUACUUUGAUAAAGUGUGGACGCAACUAGAUACCUCACUAGGAUCGAUUUUCAAUGACCAAAAACCGCCGUACUCGUUGGAGGAGCUGUACAAAGGCGCUGAAAACCUAUGUCGUCAAAAAAGAUCUGAAGACCUUGCGAAAAAGCUUCAAGAGCGUUGUAAACAAUACAUACAAUGCCACGUUCUUCCGCUCUUGUUGACCAAAGCCAAAGAAACUGAUGAUAUUGAUGUACUUCGUAUGGUGGAAGAAGCUUGGUCCGUGUGGAGCACACGACUGGUGACUAUUCGAUCAAUCUUCUAUUAUUUAGACCAAUCCUUUCUGCUUCGGUCUACAGAAAACUCCACAGUAUACGAAAUGGGGAUGAUAGGGUUUCGGUCGGUCAUUUUUGCAGACGAUUCCAUUAAAUCCGCCACGCUGCGCGGGGUUUGCCAGUUGGUUGACCUUGACAGAGACAAUAAUCCUUCCUUUGACUCUACCCUACUGAAAGAAGCCAUCAAACUCUUUUAUGAUAUUAAGCUGUACAGCUCAGAAUUGGAGCCCGCGAUUCUAAAGGCUUCAGAGCAAUAUAUGAAGUCAUGGUCAAGUAAUGAAGCGACUCGGAGCUAUCUGGCUACGUACAUUGAUAAGAGCCAUAUGCUAAUCAAAAGUGAGAUGAAAAGAUGCGAUAAAUUUGAUUUUAAUGCCGGCACAAAGCUUAGGCUUUCGGAACUACUUGAUAAAUACCUUGUGACUGAGAAAACGGGGAUUCUCUUGGAACAGAGAGAUGUUCUAGGUCUUUUUAGGACAAAUAACCAGAUAUCAUUGAAACAGUUAUAUUUGUUGCUAAGCCGUCUGGGUUUUGGAUCAAGACUCAAGUCUGCUUUUAGUACUUUUAUUGAUGACGAAGGCUCAUCAAUAAUAUUUGAUAAAGAAAGAGAAGCUGAAAUGGUAGCCAGACUUCUUGAAUUCAAACAAAAUUUGGACGGCUUUUUGUCGGACUGUUUUUUCGGGGAUGAAAUUCUAGGACGCACCCUGCGCGAGACUUUUGAGACUUUCAUAAACAAGAAUAAUAAAGGAACAGGCAGUGCGCAGCCAGGGGAAAUGAUUGCAAAGCAUGUUGAUCUUCUACUCCGGGGUGGUCUGAAAGCUAUUCAGAAGCGCGAUAAUACCUUAAAAGCGGAUGGAGACGUCACAAUGGUUGACGACGACAUAGAAUUGAAUAAGGCCUUAGAUCACGUUUUGGACCUAUUUCGGUUUGUUCACGGAAAAGCUGUUUUCGAAGCAUUCUAUAAAAACGACCUUGCUCGACGUCUUCUCAUGGGCAGGAGCGCUAGCGACGACGCUGAAAAGAGCAUGCUUGCUAGAUUAAAAUCAGAAUGUGGGUCAAACUUCACUCACAACCUCGAGUCUAUGUUCAAAGACAUCGAUCUUGCCCGUGAUGAAAUGGUAUCGUAUAACGCGUUGCAACGAGAGAAAAGGGUCAAAACUCGCCUGGACCUGAAUGUUAACGUUCUCUCAUCGGCUGCCUGGCCGUCGUAUCCAGAUAUCCCAUUGAAAAUUCCCCAGAUGAUUUCUGAUGCCCUUUUUGACUUCGAAAACUUUUAUCACAACAAGUACAAUGGAAGAAAACUCAUUUGGAAGCACUCCCUUGCGCAUUGCCAAUUAAAAUCUACAUUUGCUGCUGGGAAUAAAGAGAUCAUUGUUAGCUCUUUCCAGGCCGUCGUUCUUCUUCUUUUUAACGAUGUACCUGAUGGACAAACUCUAUCAUAUUCUGACAUCCAAAACGAAACGGGGCUCCCGGCUGUUGAGUUGAAGAGAACUUUGCAAUCUCUGGCUUGUGCCAAAUAUCGUGUGCUUACGAAACAUCCGAAGGGAAAGGAAAUUAACUCAGCAGAUAUUUUCAGUUUUAAUUCCAAGUUCUCGGAUCCGAAAAUGCGCAUCAAGAUCAACCAAAUACAGCUAAAAGAGACAAAGGAGGAGAAUAUAGAGACGCAUGAACGUGUUGCAGCAGAUCGAAACUAUGAGACCCAAGCUGCAAUUGUUCGCAUUAUGAAAAGUCACAAAACAAUAACACCACAGGAACUUAUCGUCGAAGUGAUCAAAGCCACCAAAAAUCGUGGAGAUCUGGAUCCUGCGGAUAUUAAGAAAAAUAUUGAUAAACUCAUUGAGAAGGAGUAUUUGGAGAGAGAUACGGAAUCGAACAAAUACAGAUACCUCGCAUAG